AUGCAGGAAGUUAGCCAGUGCGCUGUGAAAGGCUUCCAAGCUGCUGAGGAUACGCUGAGAUGCGACCGACCGCUGCCUCCGAGACGUGAGGAUGAGGUCUUCCCGGCCGAGAUUGCCACGGUGGCCAUUAAGCCCAUGCAGCCGCGAAAGCAGAAGGCCAACCUCGUGAGCUUUAGCCCGCGCCUCUCCGAAGACCCUGACGUCGCAGAGAAGCAGAAGGCGGCCGGCAUGUUCCUAGGAGAUGAGGCCUCGGCAGAUCACAUUUCACACGCCCAAAGCUUUAGAGUGAAGCCCGCAAAUCCUGCGCAGCCGUGGGUGGGCUUCCUGACGACGGAGAUGGGAAGUGAAUCAGAGGCUCUUCGGACCUGGGAGGAUGGCCGCAUUUACCGGGGGGACUGGCACAAGGACCCCGGUCAGUGGCUGGAUGGGAAGAUGCCGGAGCCACGGGAUUCAGGUCGUGUGGGUAAGGCACGGCAAAGGGGAGUUUGUGACCAAGUGGCUUUCGGCACGUUUUCGGAGAAGUACGGGGAUGAAGUUGCAAUGACGGUGCGAAUCAGAACGACAGGUCCGGUCACCGCUACGAGCACCCGAAAGAGUCAGAGCCGGACCUACAGCAUCGACAAGCAGGACGUCACGGCCACCAAAUCCUCCGAAUCCGGGUACCAACAGCCCAACACCAGUUCUGAAGACUCCUCAGCGUCUAAUUUUUGCACCAAGCAUGAUUCUGAUGACUUGCCGCUGCCACAAGACGACGAUUUGGAGGCUGGUGAAUGUGUACCUUGGCGCAGAACACAGCUGCUGCUCAUGAGUUCAUGGCAGUCACGGAAGAGGCCACACCGCAACUCUGAUCUUGAUGUCUGUGGUCGGCCGACAGGCCUCCAAGCAGCAGCGGCGGCCGGAAACAGAGACAAAGUCAAGCGGCUCCUGGACUUGAGAGCUGACAUCAAUGCUGCAGAUGAUUAUGGCAACACGGCGCUUCACAAGGCUGCAGUUUCGGAUCAUGGGGCCGUGGCGCUGGCGGUGGCGCUGGUGCUUCUUGAACGGCGGGACAACUUGUCAGUCGAUGCUCGUACUCAUGACGGACACACAGCAUCAUGCUUGGCAGCAAAACAUGGCCACAAUGGUUUGGUACUGCAACUUCUCAGAGCUCGAGCUGAUGUUCGCAGCAACAGUCGGACGGCCCUUCAUUUUGCAGCAGAGUCUGGGAGUUACGACGUGCUGAUGACCCUACUCAACGAGGGUGGAGCUGACAUCAACUCUUGCACUGGCGAUAGCCAGCCAGUCCUUGUAUCUGUUGCAGAAAACGGAGAUUACGAUGUGGUGCUGCGGCUCUUACAGCAGGCGGCCGAUGUGAAUGCUCCAGGCAGAUGUGGUCGGACGGCCCUGCAUGUGGCAGCCGAGGGCGGCAAGGUGUCGACGGUGUUGCAAUUGCUGGAGUGGAGGGCAAAUGUGAAUGCCCGGACCGACGAUGGCAAAACCGCUUUGAGCUUGAUUGCCACGGCCGGGCAUAGUGACGUAGUAUUGGAGCUGCUCCAGAAGUGGAACGCAGACAUCCAUGCUGCGUUUGAUCGCGGUCGGAUAGCCCUCCACUUGGCAGCUGAGGACGGCCAAGCAUGUUUGGCGGAUCAUCUUUUAAAACAUCAGGCCAACGUCGAUGCCUGCGGGGAGGAUGGUGCCACGGCUCUCCAUUGCGCAGUAGAACAUGGACAAGAGGAUGUCGUGGUAGUGCUGGUUGGGAGGGGGGCGCAGUGGAAUAUCAAGCGCAAUGAUGAAAGAACUGCCCUCCACAUAGCAGUGGCACGUGGGUAUUCGAACUUGGUGUCGGCAGCACUUGCCCGGAAAGAUGUUGAGGUCAAUGGGGUCGACUCUUAUGGCCAAAAUGCUCUCUGCCUCGCAGCGGCACACGGGCACAACCAAAUCCUGCAGCACCUGCUGCGUGGCAGGGCUGACACGAAGUAUAGUAACAAAAAGGAUCAUGAGAUGAUGGCUCUGCAUUAUGCCGCGGAAAGUGGAUGCAACGAAGCUGUCGUGUGCAUUCUGAAAUUCGAAGAAGGGGCUGCCAAAGGACUCGUGGAUGCUCCAGCUGAAAAUGGUCAGACCGCACUUUGCUUUGCAGCAAGGGCCAACCGCCUCCAGGUGGUGAAAACCCUCCUGGUGAAGAAAGCUGCCAUUAAUGCAGGAGGGGCAGAUCAUCGUCAUUCAGCGCUUGUUCUGGCAGCUCAGAAUGGACACUGGGAGCUGGUGAAAAAUCUUCUUGAUGAGAGGGCAGACAUCCACUCCAAAAGCACUGAUGGUGAAACGUGCCUCCAUCUCGCUGCAGCGGCCAGCAACGGAGAGACAGUGCAAAAGUUGAUGAAUCUUCAGGCAGAUGUUGCUCUUGAGGAUAUCUAUGGCCGCACGCCCAUUGACAGGGUAGGCAAGGACUUUCUGAAGGUUUUUGGCAGAACGAAAGUUUCCUUCGAGCGCCUAGUCAGUGCGGAAGGGCCGCAGGCUCUGAUGCUGUUGGAAGACUGGCCACAAGAUGCAUUCUUGAAGGGGAAGGUUAGACUGAGACGAGCCAACCUUGCAGAAAGGCUUCGUGUCAUCCUUGCACCAGAUUCACCAGAUGCUCUUGGUCCUGAUUCGGUGGUGGAGCAAGCAGAUGUGGACCUUUCCGCACCAGAUGCUCGUGGUCCUGAUUUGGUGGUGGAGCAAGCAGAUGUGGACCUUUCCGCACCAGAUGCUCGUAGUCCUGAUUUGGUGGUGGAGCAAGCAGAUGUGGACCUUUUUUCGCAGAACCUCCUCCCAGCUCCGAAAGUCCAUGCAUGUUUGAAGUGCUUGCCUGGUCUGCAGGCCGAUAUGAUGUGCGACCCGGAGUUUUUGCGAUGCCUUGCUCACGCAACCAACUCUGCCAUCUUCCAGGUGGAUGCUGUCCAGGCAGUGGUGGCAGCAGCGUGGCAACAGUCACGAAUGGCCACUGCCCUCGAAGUUGCAUCCGAUAUCCUAACGGUGCCUCUUCUUGUCUUCAUAUCUUGGAGCUUGCAAACUUCGCAAAGUGGGCUUCUUUUGUCCGUGUGGGCAUUUGCCGCUACUGUGUGGGUUCUAUGGCUUCAUGCGAAGAGGUCUCUUGAAGAGCUGGUCCAGUUUCUAUUGUUUUUGCGGAAAGCCUGUGUAGAUGCUUUGCAGAGCCAGAGCAAGGAACGCCGCUCUGUAUGCAGCAUCCACAGAUGUAGUUGCUGCUGUCUUGUAGUGGAUGUUGUUUAUGGGCUGUUCGGGUACGCUGACUUCGACAACAUUGCUGAUGCUGUGUAUUUGCUGGUGGGGUGGUAUGCCAUCGUUCAGCGGCUAUUGAUUGGGGAUGAGCUUGCAAAGCCGUGGAUGUCUGCCUUCUGUGCCCUAGCAUGGUUGAGGGCCCUGUACAGCUUGCGUGGAGAGUCGUGGCUGGGGCCGAGGCUACUUCCCAUUCUGGCUGCAGUGAAGGACACGGUGACGUUUUUCCUGGUAGCAGCUGUUUGCAUUCUUGCAGCCACCCAUGCAUACUACACUCUGGAAAUCCCUCAGAUCAACACAGACGCCUCUCGAGGGUAUUCGAUGUACCUGGCUUUCAUGCAAGUGCUGAGACUCAGCUUGUUUGUCGAUUUCAGCCUGUAUGACCAGGACAGGUUUGAAGGGCUCGCGAAGAAGCAGAACGAGACGACCGCGACAACAACACUAAAGCCAACACCGCUGCAAACAGAAGACUACUUCUGGGUGCACGUGCUAUUCCAUGUGGUCGGGGUCGGAAUCACAGUGCUUCUCAUGAACCUCCUCAUUGGCGUGCUGGGGCAAAAUUUCGAUUUUUACCAGGAUCAAAAUCAGAAGCUCUUUCAGCGGGCUCGUGCAAAGAUGCUCUGGGAGUUGAGCUGCAGACCUUGGGCCCAGGCCAGAGAGCAAGAACUCGGUUCUGGCUCCGUCGCUGUCGAUUCUCGUUCGACUCUGAUUUCUUGCGAUUCCUUGCUAGGGUGGCUCUUUGGAACGGACCUGGUUAGCGCUUGGCUGAAAGCGGAUCUGACCGUUUCGCUGGGCACAAGCUUGUUCGACUCUUCGCAGAGCAACGAAAAUGGAAUCAAUGUCGUGGUCGAAUUCUCCAUUGAACUUUUCCAGGUGCUCAGCCAGCGUUUCCUCGCGAACCAUCGCAUCAGCAUCGACGACUGGCUUUCUGCUGGGCGUUCAUAUCUUUCCUGGUUGCGCUACCAAGCGUCGUUUCGUCUCGCCGGCAUGAGAUAUGUAUUUUACACUGCCCUGGGUUGCCACGGAGCAGACGGUAAGGCGCAAGCGAAAGACUGCAAGAUCUGGCUUGUCUCACGUCAUGACGUUCCGAUUGACGGCUCUCGGAGCUUGCGUACCGAUCUGAAGAUGCACCUGGCGGAUGUGAAAGCUGCGUUCGAUGACCUCCUCGGAAACGUCUUGGCCAGAGAUGUGGUGCCUGAGUUGAGAUCCGUUCAAGUUGCUGUCCAGCGGUUGGUCGAACAUGCCACUGGCAUGAGUGAUGCCACGCUCCAUGCCUUCGAAAUUCUCGGGCUCUACACCCAGCUCGAAGCCGCCCUGGAGAAGCCCACGGGGCCCGCUGACGUCGGCCAGCCCUAUCGGCAGAUCGUUGCCUGGUGCAAGGCGCACGCCCUUGAUCUGGACUUGGAGGGAGUCCUGGAGAUCCUGGCUUCCGAGGAAGGCGGCUAUCCGCCCUGGCGCCGGCAGGCCCUCGAAGAGGCAUACCGGCUCCUUUACGACGAGGCCGCGGCCUCCGGCUCGCUGGCCCUGGAUCGACUCCCCGAGCCUCCCACUUCCGAGGAGAUUGGCUUCCGGCCUUUGCCUGAAGCCUUGGUCUCGGGGGAGGCCUACAAGCGAAACUGCUACGCAGGAGUCACUCUGCAAUUGGGCAAGACUCUGCAGAAACAGGGCUUCGUGGAGUGA